UUUGAGAAUAACCAAAGCCCACUUCCGCCAUGCGAUCUACCAUCUCUCCGCUCGUCUCCCAGCCCCCAGACGGUCGAACGCUAUAUUGCUCUCUCCGUUUCAUCACCUCUUCCCAUUCCCCUGAUAUCGGACGCCAUUCGUCUAAUACGCUGAGAUUUUGCAGUCAUGGUACUGAUAGCCUGUGAUCAAUAUAUUGGGGUAUCAUCUCCUUUGACUAAGAUUGCAACAUUGGCUACUGCAACUGGAUUUAUGCUCGCGUCUAAUUUGGAAACAGCUCCAGCUAAAACUCGUACUUCGGUUGUGCUGAUAAAUAACAACCGCCAUCAGGAGCCUAAGAAUUGGAACCCGUUGAAGUUUCCCCUGAAAUCUGACUGUACAAAAAUUCAUCUGUCAACAAAGCAUCAACCUUUUGGGGCAAUAAGGUCUAUCAAACAAUUUGAUAGACCACAAUCCUCCUCUUUCAUCUGUGCAGCCGCAUCUGGUUGGACUUGUUCAAGUGCACAAACACUUCCCCGCACCGAAAACCACAAAACAACAAAUGUUGCUCCUCAAUUCGAUAAGGGAGUUCUGUCCACACCAAGACUUGAUGACAGCGGGCCCAGCAUUCCACCACGGCAUGGCGGAGGUGGCGGAGGGGGAGGUGGCGGAGGAAACACAUCUGGCGGAUUCUUUUUAUUUGGGUUUCUUCUUCUCCUAUCACACCUAAAAGAUGAGGAGGAGAAACUGAUAGAGAAGAAGAAAGGCAGAGAGGAGGUUCAGAGGGAAAGGUUAUUAGGUGCAGGUCAAUGAAUUUUUUAAAGCUUAGAGUUUAAGUAGGGCCUAUCAUAUUACAUCAAUUCGUUACUGCAAAGUGAAUGUAGAGUCCAACAAUGUAGUAUUGUACAACAUAAAUAAUUAAUAAAACAUUCUUGAUUCUAGUUCAAAUGACUGCAUACAAUUUUCAAAAACUGUUCAUCCAUCUGGUAUAGUAAUUUUCAAAACCUGUUCAAGUGAAUGUAGAGUCCAAC